UCUGCCCGGCCUCCUGCUUCCUGCUUGCUGCCCUGGGGCCGCCGGUUUCCCUAGCAACCGUCGCGCAGCGUCUUUCUAGGGGAGCUCCUGUCAGCCCGCGGAUCCCACCGCUCUCUCCUCACUGCCCGGUGCUUUUAGCGUGGGCUCAUAGACUGACGGACAACAAAAAUGGCGGAGCGGAGCCAGACGGCGCCCGAAGCAGGCAAUGAUACAGGAAAUGAGGAUGCCAUUGGAGGGAAUGUGAGCAAAUACACGGUUCUUCCAAAUGGAUACUCUGGACAACCCAAGAAAGGACAUCUUACCUUUGAUGCUUGUUUUGAAAGUGGUAACCUUGGCCGGGUUGAUCAAGUCUCUGAAUUUGAGUAUGAUCUGUACAUUAGGCCGGAUACCUGUAAUCCUCGCUUCCGAGUCUGGUUCAACUUUACUGUUGAAAAUGUGAAAGAAUCACAGAGGGUCAUUUUCAACAUUGUUAACUUCAGUAAAACCAAGAGUCUUUAUAGAGAUGGGAUGGCACCAAUGGUUAAAUCUACCAGCAGACCGAAAUGGCAAAGACUGCCACCAAAAAAUGUCUACUACUAUCGCUGCCCAGACCACAGGAAGAAUUAUGUGAUGUCCUUUGCAUUCUGUUUUGACCGAGAAGAUGAUAUUUACCAGUUCGCCUACUGUUACCCAUACACAUACACUCGCUUCCAGCAUUACCUUGACAGCCUACAAAAGAGAAAUAUGGACUACUUCUUCCGAGAGCAGCUUGGACAGAGUGUGCAACAGCGGCAGCUUGACCUCCUGACGAUUACCAGCCCUGAAAAUCUCCGAGAGGGGACAGAAAAGAAGGUGGUGUUCAUCACAGGACGAGUCCACCCAGGGGAAACACCUUCUUCAUUUGUGUGCCAAGGGAUCAUUGACUUCCUCGUAAGUCAGCAUCCAAUUGCCCGUGUCCUACGAGAACACCUGGUCUUCAAGAUUGCACCAAUGCUCAACCCUGAUGGAGUCUUCUUGGGCAACUACAGAUGCUCCCUGAUGGGGUUUGAUCUGAAUCGUCACUGGCUGGAUCCCUCUCCAUGGGCCCACCCCACCCUGCAUGGAGUGAAACAGCUCAUCAUCAAGAUGUACAAUGACCCAAAAACAAGCCUGGAGUUCUAUAUUGACAUCCACGCCCACUCCACCAUGAUGAACGGCUUCAUGUAUGGCAAUAUCUUUGAGGAUGAGGAACGGUUCCAAAGGCAGUCCAUUUUUCCAAAGCUCCUUUGCCAGAACGCCGAGGACUUCUCCUAUACGAGCACAUCCUUCAACCGGGACGCUGUCAAAGCAGGGACCGGCCGACGCUUCCUUGGUGGCCUCCUGGACCACACAUCGUACUGCUAUACCCUAGAGGUUUCCUUCUACAGCUACAUCAUUGGGGGCACUACAGCUGCUGUGCCCUACACCGAAGAAGCCUAUAUGAAGCUGGGGCGGAACGUGGCGAGAACCUUUCUCGACUAUUACCGCCUGAACCCCCUGGUUGAGAGAAUGCCAGUCCCCAUGCCAAGACUUCGGAAAGAAAAGGCCCCUCCUUUCAAGCACCCACCCCUGCGGGGCUCAGCCAGCAACAUUCCCAAUGGCAAAGGGGACAAGAAGAGCUCACUGAACCACAAAGACCCUUCAACCCCCUUUUAAAGACAUGGUGCCAGGAGGCAUCAUGGGUGCAAUAACAUGUAUUCGUUGGUGGGGCAUGAAAUUAAGUACCCUUUCCCCAUGUCUAAGACAGGGGUUUUCAGGAUCAUGCAUAAGCUGGUGAAAGGGAGUAAGGGAAAGAGAGAAAUUUCAUCAUUGAUUUUUCCCUUUUACCAAUGGGAAAUCAAUUGUGAGCCUUCAACUCAAGGCUGAGCAGAAUGUGAGAGUGGAACCAGGACCGCACAGGCUUUAUCUUCCAUGGCACAGAGGAAAACCUACAUACCCCUUUUAGGAGGCCCCAUACUGUGUCUGGUCAGCUCCCUGUAAGCCCCUCUUCACCUUUUAAAGCCAAACAAUCAUGCCCCUGGUGACUUCACUUAAAAUAUGUUGCAGUUGUUUCUGGUUUAGGAAUGCAGUCUCUGUAUUUUCUGAGCCAAAGCAACAAUGUCAUACAUGCAAGCCAAAGGCAAGCAAGCUGUUGGGGACAAUGGGGCAGAAAAUUUGAAAUCAGAAAUGGCCUAAAAAAUAUGUUCACACUAUCUAUAAGGCACGUGCUCUCACACCCUCUCAAGCCCCAGCAUGCAACUUAGAAAGCUGUUCUGAGAGCUAUUUUUCAAUUUCCUGGCUAGUUUAAUUGAAAUUCUAGCUCCCCAAACAAAAAGCACUGCUCGUUCAUUCCAAAGAACUGCUGUGGUUAAGGUCUCCAAUCCCCGGUGACAAGGAUCAGGGGAGGUGAGCGCUGAUAAUCUGUAAUGAGAACAAGGUGACUACCAGGUAAGGAGGCUACAAGAGACAAAGGAAUGCACUCCAGGCAGGUAGGAGUGAUAAAAGGAAAUAACAGCAGAAGCAAUUCCCAAGGGAAAGCAAGCCAAAUAUUGUGCAUUUUCCUGAAGCUUAAAGUGCCUUUGUGUGAUGAACGGGUCCAGUGGAGUCUACCCCCUUCCUGUCUGUGGAAGCAGCAGGCUGAGUCACCAUGACAGCCUGCUAAUUAAAAUGACCUCCAGGAAAUGAGGAUUAGGAGAUAG